AUGGAACGAUUUGUAGUAACAGUACCACCUUCCCAAAACCGUUCUAAGACUGCUUUGUAUGUGACUCCCCUUGAUCAUGUCACUGAGUUUGGAGGUGAGCUUCAUGAAGAUGGAGAAAAACUCUUCUGCAUUUCUUGCAAUGUGGUUCUAAACCAUGUUUGCAAGUCUGCUAUUAGCGACCACCUCAAGUCAAAGACCCAUACCAAGAGGAAGGCAGAAUUUGAAGAGCAGAAUGUGAGAAAGAAGCAGAGGCCCCUAACUGCAUCUCUUCAGUGCAAAAGUACUCCGCAAACAGAGAAAGUCAGUGUUAUCCAGGACUUUGUGAAAAUGUGCCUGGAAGCCAACAUCCCCCUGAAGAAGGCUGAUCACCCAACAGUCCAUGCUUUCCUUUCUGGCCAUGUGAAGAAUGGAGGCUCCAUACCUAAGUCAGACCAGCUGAGGAGAGCAUAUCUGCCUGAUGGAUAUGAGAAUGAGAAUCAGCUCCUCAACUCACAAGAUUGUUGACAAGAAGGUUACCACUGUUGUGAUCAAGAUAAUAAUGUGGAGUAUUAAAGUUA